CAAUUGACCCUGAACUACUAUUGUAGUAAGAUGAGGCCCUGAAACAAAAACUCUUGUGUCAGAGGCCCACUCUGAGGCUUGAAUCCUGAACCAAAAUACUUCCAGGCAUUGCUAAGCAAAAGCUGGGCUGUGAGCCAGAGGCAGUCCCCACUCACAGAAGUUGGCAAGAAGAGGGUUGCCAGAAGCAGGUGCAUCCACACAUAAGUGCUCAUUAGAGGAACUUGUGCCAAGAUGGCAUCAGAACACUCCACAGAGAUAACGAGGAACAGGCAGGUGCAUUUUAAAGACAAGUCAAAAGGACAACAUGACGGAUAGAUUUGUUUGAACCAACAUGUAACCGUAGAAGGAGCACCCUAAUGAGUAAAGGGGCUGCAUCUCAGUAAGUCAGGAGGGAUGAGUAAACUCUUCUGCACCUGUAUAAGAAUAGGUCUGGAAGUGCACAUCGUCGUCCAGCCUAGGGGGCUGUGGAGUGUCCUGCCACUGACUGAGCCGUGUUCAUUGCCGGGGCACAUAUUCGUAGUAUGUCCUGUAGAAUCUCUAGGAAACUAUUACUGUGCUUCGUUUGACAAUAAACCUGGCCGGGUGCCGUCGUACCUUACUAGAGUCUGUGGUCUUUGGGGGUUCUGUCGGUGUCUGCGGUGUCAGCUAUCUGCGCAGAGCUGGGGCAGCACACAGAGGGAACACACACGCAGCCGACUUAUCGUCAUCGAACAAGAGCAGAGCAUCACACUGAGAGAAAAUUCACAGUUGGAGACCGAUUCUGGAAUCCCAAGGCACAUUUUAAAACAAAGUUGGAUUUCUUUGUGAACUCUCUGAGCAGUUCCCAUAAGUGUCCUUCCCACACGCUGACUCCUGUGGGUAUUCUGAGCCUCAUUCAGACAUGGCCUUUCAGAGAACGGAGGGAAUGUCCAUCAUCCAGGCCUUGGCAAUGACAGUGGCAGAAAUCCCUGUGUUUCUUUACACGACAUUUGGGCAGUCUGUCUUCUCUCAGCUGAGACUCUCCCCAGGCCUGAGGAAGGUGCUGUUUGCUACAGCUCUUGGGACAGUUGCCUUAGCUCUUACCGCGCACCAGCUGAAGCGGCGUCGACGUCGAAAGAGACAGAUCACCCCAGAAAAGUGUGGCAUUAAGCCUGGAGGAGUCCCUGCCCUCUCUUUACCAACCAAGAAGGUCCCUUCAGUGAAAAAAGGAUACUCCAGCAGGAGAGUACAAAGUCCUAGCAGCAAGAGCAAUGACACACUCAGUGGGAUUUCCUCCAUUGAGCCAAGCAAGCAUUCCUGCUCCUCCCACAGUCUAGCCUCGAUAGUGGCUGUGAACUCUUCACGCCCAACACCAGCAUCUGCAGGGCCCUGGGAGACGAGAGCGAUGGAAGAUCAUGGAGCCGCUGGCGACUCUAGUGCUGAAAACCUCUAUAUUCAAGGGAUGGAGCUAUUUGAGGAGGCACUGCAGAAGUGGGAGCAGGCAUUGACCAUAAGGCAGAGAAACAACACUAGCACUCCAGUUUCUUGGGACAACACAAAACAUGAAGAAACUGUGUCUGAGGAGUUGCCUGAGGAGUCCCAGAAAAAGGAGUUUGCAGAGAAGCUUGAAUCUCUCUUGCACCGGGCAUAUCACCUUCAGGAAGAAUUUGGGUCAACACUCCCUUUGGACAGCAUGCUGCUAGACCUGGAGAGAACUCUCAUGCUUCCCCUGACAGAUGAGUCACUGAGACUUCGGACAGAUGAUGAAGACAGUUUGACUUCUGAGGACUCCUUCUUUUCCGCUGCAGAGCUCAUCGACUCCCUCCAGAUUGGGAAAAUACCUUUUCAGCUUUCCAAGCCAGUAGCUGCAUAUGAAGAAGCUCUACAGUUAGUGAAAGAAGGGAGCGUUUCAUGCAGAACACUAAGGACAGAGCUUCUAGGCUGCUACCAUGAUCAGGAUUUCCUGGCAAAGCUCCAUUGUGUCAGGCAGGCCUUCCAGGUCGUUCUGAAGGAUGAGAGCAACCAGUUGUUUUUUGGAGAGGUUGGAAAGCAGAUGGUGACAGGACUAAUCACAAAGGCUGAGAAGAACCCCAAAGGUUUUCUGGAAAGCUAUGAGGAGAUGCUACAUUACGCACUGAAGCAAGACACCUGGCCAACCACUCAGCGGGAGCUGGAAGGACGAGGGGUGGUGUGCAUGAAUUUCUUUGAUAUUGUGCUGGACUUCAUUCUCAUGGAUGCUUUUGAGGACCUAGAGAACCCUCCCUCCUCUGUCCUAGCCGUCCUGCGCAACCGCUGGCUCUCAGACAGCUUCAAGGAGACGGCCCUAGCAACUGCCUGCUGGUCAGUUCUGAAAGCAAAGAGGAGGCUUUUAAUGGUACCAGAUGGCUUUAUCUCUCAUUUCUACUCCGUAUCGGAGCACGUCAGUCCUGUUCUAGCCUUUGGUUUUCUGGGGCCCAAACAGCAGCUGUCUGAGGUCUGUGGUUUCUUCAAGCACCAGAUAGUGCACUAUUUGAAGGACAUGUUUGACCUGGACAAUGUGAGAUACACAACAGUGCAGUUGCUGGCAGAAGACAUUCUGCAGCUGUCACGGCGGCGCAGUGAGAUCCUCCUGGGAUAUUUGAGUAGUGAGACGACCCCAGAGAUGAAUGGGACACUGUCCAGUGAAAAUGGACCCCUAGAGGAGCUCAACUAAUAUUCAAUUAGGGGAGAAAAUCCAUUUUCUUAAAAGACCUUUUUCUAAGAGGUAGCUAUACCACCUGUUGUGGUAAUCAGUGGCAACAAAACUAAUUCAUCCCCUGACAUCACUGGACCUGCCCAGAAUUACUACUUUUUAUAGCCAGUAAUGUUGGCUGGAAUAGCUCCAGGACUACUCAGAGGCUUAUGAUUUGAACUUCCUCUUGUCUAUACCACCUAUUCUAUUUUUUUUAACAAUCUUUUAGUUGUGACAAACUGCCUGGGCCCAAGAUCCUACCCUCCUGCAUUGCAAGGGACAGCAGACAAGCUGAACUAUGUGUUCUUUGAGAGCAGAUCCCUGAUACUUGCAGGGUGUGGGUGGGUAGGUAAAAUGGUGACAAGAGUCUCGCCUUGGCUCUUACCACCUCUUUGAUUGAGAAGGUAUUUUUAAAAGUGACUUCUCUGCCAUGUCUCUCUGGACAUGACUGCUGAUUUUAACUUAUACAUUUUAUGGUAUACAAUGCUACUUUCAGAUAUGAUGGAGAGGAAGAGAAAUAAUUGUUUCCUGUGGGGAGGAAAAAUGCUUCUGUAAAGCACUGAAGACUAAAGAAUGGAAGUAAAACAUAGAUUUUGUAAUGACAGACGCUGGAAGGGAGUUUGUCCUUCAUCUCUAUGUUGUGUUGCUUUUGUGAACUAGACCCUUUCACUGGGGUUCUCGUUGAGAUACCAUUGCAGCCUAUAAUAUUCAGAAUGAGAAUGGUGAUUGUAGAAAGGGGUUGGACUUGUAUCCUGAUUAUGCAUGCAUAAAUACUUCCUCUAAUAUA